AUGGGUAAGGAGAGUGAUUACAGGGAGUCCUGCUACUCUGAAAAAGGGCAGAAUUUCAUUUCCUUCCCUCGUCAUGAGGAAGAGCAUCUCCAGCGGACUGUGAGCUGGCACCCUUGCCUUCUGAUUCUUGGCCAGAACUGUAAUGCCAAGUGCCAGUUACUCAACAUACUGCUGGGUGAGAAGCUGCUCCCUACCACCAAAAUCAGCAAUGAGGAGAAUUGUAAGAGGCGACGGAUCCGCUUCACGCAUGGGACGCAAACACGGAUUAGCCUAGCGCUGCCUGAGCAGUAUGAACUGGUCCAUAUGAUGGCAGCCCACCGAGGGCACUGGGACACGAUACCAGAGGAGGACUUAGAAAUUCGUGGGGACAGCGAAGAUCCUGCUCACCAGAUAGCGGAGCUGGAGGUCAUGCUGCCGUACUCACUACUAAAGGAAGUAGAUGUUGUGGUAGCACCAUGUCGUGGAUUCCAGUCUGCUGAAGCCACCUUGGGAGAGUAUGUGAACCAAGUCUUGCCUGUUGUCAUCUUUGCCAUCAGCGAGGCUGAACUUUCUUCAUCAGAUGAGAAUGAACUGCGCGAAAUCAAAGAGAAAUUCUCUUUGCCCAUUUUCUUCUUCAAAGUGCCAGAGUUGGGGGUUGAGCUGAUCUCUCCCAAAAAAACUGAUCAUGAAAAGUCCUCCCUUUACUGCCAGCUGAUGGACUUGGAGUACCUGAGUACCAGCCACUGCAGCUGCGGGGCACCCGGUCCUGAUGCUGAUGCCCAAAGCAUGCUGGUGGAGCAGUUUGAGAAGCUCCGUCUCCUAAGCACUUUUUCCAGGCAGGUGCUUCAGAAGCAUCUCGUGGAAGCAGCUACCAGUUUAAAUGAAGUGCACUGCCGCUGCCUGAACAUCUUCAUCAAUCAGGCUUUCGACAUGCAGCGAGACCUGCAAAUCACCCCCAAGAGGCUAGAGUAUACCCGCAAGAAGGAGAACGAGCUAUAUGAGUCUCUGAUGAACAUUGCCAACCGCAAACAAGAGGAGAUGAAGGACAUGAUCAUAGAGACACUUAGCAAUAUGAAAGAGGAGCUCUUGGAGGAUGCUGCUAAUAUGGAAUUCAAAGAUAUCAUCAUUCCUGAGAAUGGGGAACCUGUUAGUUCCAAGGACAUAAAGUGCUGUAUUAAGCAAAUUCAGGAACUGAUUAUUUCUCGGUUAAACCAAGCAGUUGCCAACAAGUUAAUUAGUUCAGUGGACUAUCUGCGAGAGAGCUUUGUAGGGACUCUGGAGAGAUGUCUGAAGAGCUUGGAGGAGUCUUGGGAGGUUUCAGUACAUCCUGCAAGGAGUUUGGAGAAGUCAAAGGAUGUUUCUGUACACAUCACAAGCAAUUAUCUCAAACAGAUACUAAAUGCAGCCUAUCAUGUUGAAGUCACUUUCCACUCUGGCUCAACAGUAACCAGGAUGCUGUGGGAACAGAUCAAACAGAUAAUCCAGCGGAUUACAUGGGUCAGCCCACCUGCCAUCACCAGUGACUGGAAGAGGAAAGUUGCUCAGGAUGCUAUCGAGAGCCUCAGUGCGUCCAAGUUAGCCAAGAGCAUUUGCAGCCAGUUCCGGACCAGGCUAAACAGUUCCCAUGAGGCUUUUGCAGCUUCUCUACGACAGUUAGAAGACGGCCAUUCUGGCAGGCUGGAGAAAACAGAAGACCUGUGGCUGAAGGUGCGGAAAGAUCAUGCUCCUCGGCUAGCGCGACUCUCGCUGGAGAGCAGGUCCCUCCAGGAUGUGCUGUUACAUGGCAAACCAAAGUUGGGCCGUGAGCUGGGCCGAGGACAGUAUGGCGUGGUCUAUCUGUGUGACAGCUGGGGAGGGCAUUUCCCAUGUGCACUGAAAUCUGUUGUUCCUCCAGAUGAGAAGCACUGGAAUGACCUUGCACUUGAGUUUCACUAUAUGAGGUCUCUGCAGACACAUGAGCGGCUCAUACAUCUCCAUGGUUCUGUGAUAGAUUAUGGCUAUGGAGGAGGCUCCAGCAUUGCCGUCUUACUGAUAAUGGAACGGUUGCACAGAGACCUCUAUACCGGACUAAAGGCUGGGCUAGAAUUAGAAACACGAUUACAGAUUGCCUUGGAUGUAGUUGAAGGAAUCCGUUAUCUUCACAGUCAGGGACUUGUGCACCGGGAUAUCAAACUUAAAAAUGUCUUGCUUGACAAAAAGAAUCGAGCCAAAAUCACUGACUUGGGGUUCUGCAAACCAGAAGCCAUGAUGUCUGGCAGUAUUGUAGGCACACCUAUUCAUAUGGCUCCUGAGCUCUUUACAGGAAAGUAUGAUAAUUCAGUGGAUGUUUAUGCAUUUGGCAUUCUGUUUUGGUACAUUUGUUCGGGACACGUGAAGUUACCAGAGGCUUUCGAGAGAUGUGCAAGCAAAGAUCACCUUUGGAACAAUGUUAGAAGAGGAGUUCGCCCGGAGCGUCUUCCCGUGUUCGAUGAGGAAUGCUGGCAGCUGAUGGAAGCCUGCUGGGACGGAGACUCUUCCCAGCGCCCUCUCUUGGGGAUUGUUCAACCUAUGCUGCAGGGGAUCAUGGACAGGCUCUGCAAGUCAAGCUCUGAGCACCCAAAUAAGGGGUUGGAUGACUCUACUUGAAAAGGAAGCACGGAAGAAUUUUUAAUUGUGGGAGAGUUCUGAACCCCUAACUCUGCAGACGGCUUCUUCAGAUGUAGCUCUUUGUGGCUAACAUGAGUGGGACAGGUAAUAGCAACCAGAAGAUUGCUCAUAGAGGUGAGACCUUGGGGAUGUUCCAUCUUGAAUAGCGGCCAGAGAAAUCUCCCCCGGUACACCCCAUUGAUGCUAGUUACCCCGCUGCAGCUUUUAUUAUGGAGUUGUGCAAGUGAGAUAAAAAUCCACGCCCUUGAACUGAAAGGGAUUUUUGCCAAUCCCACACAAACACCAAUCAAAGAAAAGCAUCUUGUGUGUUCCAGGUAGUGUCUGCGUUGCUAGGAGCUGAUCACGACAGUCUUUACUCAGUAAAGUAAAAACUUCCCAUUAACUGAUGGUCCUAGGCGGCCUUCGGUCCACACACAACUAUCCCAAUCACUUAUCGAUUGGCACCGAUUACAGUGCGGUCGGAGAGGAAGGAGAAAGCAGAGGGUCUAGGCUAGAAAGUGUUUAGAAGCUAAGAGCAUCUCUCUGUAUUAGCUUCUUGCAACACUCAAAAUGUUUACAUUGACAGGAGCAAAGCUUCCAUGUUUUACCUAAGGGGAUUUAUCUACUGUUCCACUGCAGUGCAAAUACCCCAAGUUAUAAGCUAUUUAUCUCUUACGUACCCUUCACCUCUUACUUAUGUAAACAAGCUCUUUUCUGGUAAAUUCGCUUCAUAAUAGUUAUUUGAAUGUCUGAAGAAACCUGACCUUUCUUUUACAGUCUUCUGGUAAAAUGGAAGACUGCUCAGAGAUUACAUAUCGUAAUACCGAAACAAAGUCAUUACAACUAAUGACUGUCCAUGGGGAAAAUGCCAAUUCAUUUUAAUUAAAUUUGGUUUUUGAAUUAGUUGUAAAGGCAAUAACAGUUUUAAAUUGUGCUAACUAUGACAGACAUAUUUUUAAAAAUAAGGUUUCUUCAGCUUUUUUAAAGUCACAUGCUUGGUGAGAGCAUGCUCGAGGGAAAACAGGUCAUUCGUUCUUCUUCAGUAGCUUUGUAUUGUGGCUGUGUCUGUUCAUCUGAUCGUUUCACUCUGGGAUCUCUAAUUUGGCUGUAUUGCAAAGAAUAAAAAAUGGGGGGGAGGGGAAUCCUUUGCAAGGAAGGUAUGGGCUGGGGUGGUCCUGCUGCCCUUCCCAAGAGGGCUGCUUUUGAAAAUAAUAUCCUUGCCCUUUGCCUUUUGCAUUUCUGGGGCAAGGUUGGUUGAUCUUAGUGUAACAUACCUAUAGGGUGGAGGCUGAAAUAGAAAAUGCACCUUGUUUACUACAUGAGGAAAUACAGAGUUGGCAAGUUCUCCCUGGGUUUACUGUUCCUCCCAGCUGCAGGGGAUGAGCACGCAAUGGCUUUGUUUCCCAGGAAAGCUAGCAUGCUGCAUCCAAAGUAGUGUAGGCAUGUGGAAUUACUGCACCUUGUUGCUGGAAUUUAUUGGCUAGAAUACAGCAAAAUUACAACCAAUAGUCUGGGAUACAUAGAACCAAUAGAAAGGGAUACAUAACCCUGCAGUAUUAGUGUAAAUCUUCCUUUCUUUGUGCAAUAAACAGAAUUAAUGCUUUUUUUAAUAUAAAACAAGACUUUUUUACUUGCACGUGUGGGCAUUUUUCUGGUCUUGAUGGCAUUAACAGUGUGGUUCUAUACAGAUACAGCCUCGCCAGCUGCUCCAGCUGAAAGUGCAGCAACCAAGAACCACACGCGCAGAAGAACAAAUACUUUUCCAAAGUAGAAUCGUUAGGCGUUUCACUGCCUCGGUGCACACUCAUGCCACCAAUGACACUAACAGUAUUAACUCCGUUCUGCUGUGCGUGGUGGUUAGUAACCUUAUUUAAAAGUAGGAGAGUCAAGGUCAGUCUCUGGCAAUUAAUAGAGGUAGCUUCUGUAAAUAAUAAAUGUAUGAAUAAAAUUUAAAUCUCUGUAUAUGCAAUUCCAGAAAUGUCUUGUAUAGCUUUUCCUGUGUAGCCAUCUCAGACGCUUACCUGAUGCCUUUUUAUUGUUGUUUGUAGCUACCUUGCUAUCUUGUUUCCAUUUGGUUUGUCUUUUUGCAUGUGUGGCAUUGUAGAUCCGCAGGUUUUCCCGAACUCGGUACAGCUGCUUCUCUGCAUUUUUUUUUUCCUGUUGGCUAUAAAGUCUGCCCGACUGAACUUGUUUUGAGAGAUUUCACACACCCUGUUUAUCUUUACAACUAGUGUUCUCACCCCCCUCCCAUUAGAGCAAGGAAAACAAGAUGAACAAUUACUUUAUUCAAAGAUUCCACAGAACGUAAAUUGGAAGUAGUACCAAACUCAAACACCUCUGAGCCUGGUGCACUGAGACGAAGCUGAGCCUGUACUCUUCUCCCAGAUAAGGCUGCCUUUAUCGCCUCAAUCUACUGAAGGCGUUUGUUACAGUAUGUCUUAAUGUUAUGUUAUAAAAGGGUACUUAAACUUGUGCAUUGUACGAUGUACCACAUGUAGCCAGGUAAUGGACUGGCUUCGGUUGUAUAUGGACACAAAUCAGCGUGUGCCACUCCAGUAACGUGAUCAUUGCCACUUAAAACAAGCUAAAUACCAGAGGCUGAGGCUGAUGGCCGCGAACGGUGAGGAGUUAAGCCUCCGCUCUCCCAUCCUGUAGCUCUAAAGUGAAGAUCAGGCCUAAAAUGAUUUUGGAAAAAGGCUUUGUUUACAGAGGUGUGAGGUUUACAUGCUGCCGUGGCUGAGGCGGCUCUGCUAGAAGAGUCGCUGAAGUCCUUGCGAGGUUCAAGUACGGCCCGAGAGGUGCUAGGAACUUGUUCUGCACUUCAGGCUCCCCAGCCCAGUCUUAAGCCUUUCCUUCACACUACGCUUAGUGGGACGAACUGGGAGAAAACACACUCACAUGAGGAACGGGCUGGAGGGCUUCGGCAGCCUGCCCCAGCGAUGCUGCUUUCGCUGUAUCUUGCUGCCAGAGCAGAAGUCUGCAGGACGCUUACUGCGCGUCUUGGAGCACCAGAUACUUAGCUUAAUUCACAGGACUGUUACUUACACUAACCGCCUUGUUUUGGGACCGAA